UACAUAUAUACACACAUACAUACACAUAUGUAUAUUUACAUAUAUAUACACAAAGUUUUUUGUUAUUUUUAUAUAUUUUUUUCCAAAUAAUUCAAGAAAGACCACUACAAAUGAGCAAUAUUUUGCACUGUUAUACAAUUUAAUAAAUCAGAAACUAAUGACAUAGUGCUGUAUUUUACUUCAUCUCUUUUUUUCAACCAAAAAUGCUUUGCUCUGAUUAGGGGGCACUUGAAAUUGAAAAAUGUUCACAGGGGGUACAUCAUUAAAAAAAUGUUGGUAUAUUGUAUGUGUAGGAGCCAAAUAGAGGGCCAUACUUGAAUUUAUGUUUAUUUUAUUGUUUUUGAGUGAUUCAUGCGUGUAUGUCAGUGUGCACCCUUUACAGGUGGUGAAAAGUUCCCACGCAGGCCUAUAAGGGGCAGGAGCGCGCUGGGCGCGUGAUUGGCAGUCGGGCACCAGCAUACCGUCUUUGACCUCACCUGUCUGUAGACCUCACCUGUCUGUAGACCUCAGCUUUAUAUAAGCUACCAUUUAUUUUGUUUCCCGAGUAUUCUGUUCCUUAAUUAUUGUAAAUAAAACAAUCUUCAAGAUCGCUGCUGGAUCAGCUUGAAUUAGUGGAGGGAAAGCGGGAAAAGGAAGAAUACGUGACAAGGAAGGCUGUGUAAAAGGUGUGAGUCAGACAAGAUGCCCGCGCCCCAAGUGGAACAGACAUUUGAAACAAAGGGGUUAUAGGAACAAUCACUUUCAGUGUUUUAUGCCACUACAAGUUGUCAAAGACGCGCUGUGAAAUACAGCCGGCAGGAUUGCGCACCAAACAGGAAGCAAGGCCAACGCGCAUGGUGCAGGAGAACAAAGGACUUCUUUCAUGAGGUUUGUGAUAAACCAUCAAACUCAUUCGUUAAAAGGACUCCAUGGUAAUAUAAAGUGACUUUUUCUGGACAUUAUCAUGCAAGAAUUGUUUGUUUUUGGGACUGCGAUCACCGCGUAAUGAUUUUUAAAGUUUGCAUUACAAACAUUUGGUGACGGGCUUGCGCGCGCGCUCCCGACGGCCCGUGAACGGACAUUUAAUUCCCAAAAAAGGAUAAAGAUUAUUUUUGGAACUUUUUAUAUUCACUUGGAAGUGUAAACGUUUUUUGGCUUACCAAGUGGAGGAUUUUUGUUGCUUAAAAGAGGAAAAUGUCAACUAAUAAUUCAGCCGAAGGAGGGGAAAUGACGGCGAUUGCGCAGGAGACUUCUCGUAUGCGCGCCGCCAGAAUAGGCAAAAUGUCACACAUAACAAGGCGAAUGAACAUUGUGCGCAAUUUGAUGGUGGAUGCAGAGGCUUUAAAGGAAGUGAAAAUAAAUAUGAGCAAGUUUAAUGAGUUCGUAAUGGAAUUUAAAUCUCUACACAAAUCACAUUCUGAAGGUUUAGAGCCAGAUGAGCAAAGGGAUGAUGACCAAACAUGGUAUCAGCCUAAAAUUGCUCUAAUAGAUGCCUUUGAAGCUGAGGUGUCCCGAUGGAUAUCAGAUCUUGAAAAUCCCUCAACGCACACCUGUGCUCCUCCACCUGAGGACAUUGCUAUAUCAAAAGACAGUGAUUUAAUAACUGGUCAUUUGAAGGACAAUUUAGAGGAGGCGGACGGCUUAUAUAAGCAUGAACUAACUGGUCACCCAGGCAUAGUGUCAAGAAGGGAGGCAUCAGUCAAGUCCUUCAGUUCAGGACGUUCGUCCAAUAUUUCCUCUUCAUCAUUGUGGAUUAGAGCGGAGGCGGAAAAAGCUGCUUUGACAGCCAGGGCAGCAAGGUUGCAGGAAAAGCAUAAUAUUGAAGAACAGGAGUUAAUGUGCAGGAAAAAAAGAGAGGUUUUGGAGUUAAAAACAGAAAUAGAGGCGGCUAAUGCUAAAAUUAACUACUUGAAGGAAGUAGAAGGUUUAGUGGUGCAUGCUGCGGGGCAGACAGCACCGGUUAUAGGGGCAGCAUUUGAUCCAUCAAGGUGUGGUUCACCUGUGGGAGGCCCAGUGGUUAGGCACAAGGAAGGAGUUCAGAUGCAGUUCCCCACUACUCUGUUCGACGCAUCUAUACCCCAAGUUCCACAUGCCAGCCUCCAACCUCAGCAGGCCCCAAUUCAGCAUGCCAGCCUCCAACUCCAACCCCAACCCCAGCAGACACCAGCUCAACAGCAGCAGGUCCCAGUUCUACCUCUGCAGGCCCCAGGUCAGCCUGGCGGUCUCUAUACCCAGCAGGCCCCCGUUCACCAAGCUAUGCCUGCCAGUUUCCAGUUCCAACCUCAACAAGCCACCCCCAGCUCAACGCAGAACAAUCAGCUGAUCAAAAUUCUGGAAGCCCAAAAUGAACUGACUAAGAUUCUUGUGAAACAGCAGCUUCUGUCCACCCUCCCACAAGGAAGUGUUCCCUUCUUUGAUGGAAACAUCUUGGAGUACAAGUCAUUCAUCCAUUCCUUUGAACACAUGGUGGAAAGUAAAACAGACAAUGACAAGGACAGGUUGCAGUUUCUCAUACAGUACACAAAGGGCCAUGCUCAAAAACUGAUCAAAAGUUGUGAAUAUAUGUCACCAGACAGGGGCUACCAGAAAGCCAAACGAUUAUUAAAAGAGAACUUUGGUCAUGACUUUAAAAUUGCCUGUGCAUACCUAGAUAAGGUCCAGACCUGGCCUCAAAUUAAAGCAGAGGAUUCCAAAUCCUUGCAGGAGUACGCCAUGUUCCUCAGGAGCUGCUGUAAUGCCAUGGAGGACACGGACUACAUGGACGAACUGGACACAGUGGCCAAUAUGAGAAACAUUGCGUUCAAGUUGCCCUUCAAGCUGAAGGAGAACUGGCGCAACAAAGCCUAUGAGCAGCAGGAGGAGCACAACCGCAGGGUGAGGGUUUUAGACCUGGUUAGCUUUAUAGAAAAGCAAGCUCGUGUGGCAGCCCAUCCAGUCUUUGGAGAGCUAAGGGUACAGGAGCAGUCAGCCAUAGGAAAGGCUAACGCUAGACCCUCUGUAAAGCCGCAACACUCAAUGUCAGCUAGUAGUAGUUUUGCCACGAGUAUUGCUAUUAGCCCAAUGAAAUCCAAGCCAGAGUCUGAGUCAGAGCCCAUUUGUCCACUUUGUAAAAACAAACACCCAUUAGAGUUGUGUAGACUGUUCAUUAAAAAGAAGCACAGAGACAAGCUUUGUUUCCUAAAGAGCCAGGGCAUGUGCUUUGCCUGUCUUUUAAUAGGGCACAUAAGUUCUGUUUGUCCAAAUCGUCAGACAUGUCGACUGUGUAAAAAAUCUCACCCAAGUGUCUUACAUUAUGAUAGAAAAGACAAGGUAUCGAAAGAGGUAGAAAAGCCCUCUAAAAAUGUAAGCAGCUCAGGAGCAGAGCUAUGUGGCCAUAUAGGGGCCGGGGACCAAGAGACUGUUCUGUCAAUUGUCCCAGUCAAAGUUAAGGCCGGGAAGGGCAGUCAGGUCCUAUCAGUUUAUGCUCUCCUUGACCCUGGAUCCUCCGCUAGCUUCUGUUCUGAACAGCUUAUGUCCCAGUUAAACAUAAAAGGAGUAAAGACCCAUAUCCUACUAAGGACUAUGAAUCAGAAAAAGUCUGUCCCAACUCACAUGGUAGCUGGGCUGGAAGUGUCUGCACUGGACAACAAUCAUUUCCUACCUCUUCCUGUUGUCUUCACACAGAAAGAAAUGCCAGUCUCCACAAGCAGCAUCCCCAAACAGGAAGACAUAGCACCAUGGCCAUAUUUAGGCAACGUUAUACUCCCGAGCAUCAGUUCAAAGGUGGAGCUGUUAAUAGGCACAAAUGCUCCAAAACUGUUAGAACCAUGGGAGGUUAUAAAUAGCCAUGGUGGAGGUCCAUAUGCAGUGAGAACAUUAUUGGGAUGGGUGGUUAAUGGGCCAUUUAGAGGUGGGAAUAGUGAGGCAGUGAGUGCAACUGUUAACACAAUAUCAGUUGCAAAUCUGGAGGAGCUUUCGAUUUCCCAGUAUAACCUGGAGUUCAGUGAGGUAGUGUCAGAAGAGAGGACUGAGCUAUCAGUAGAAGAAAAACAGUUUUUAGAGAUAGCCAAUGAGGCAGUCCUACAGGACGGACACUACAGCCUGAAAUUACCCUUCAGAAAACCCACGGUCAACCUACCCAACAACCGCCCAAGUGCCAAACAGCGCCUCCACAGCCCGAGAAGAAAAAGGAAAAAGGAACUCCUCUCAGGUCAAACUGCGACCCGUUCACACAGUUACAAUGUGAACAAGGAACUUAAAAAUUUCAGGACCACACUUGGUGGACAGAACACCAUCUUUUGCGAGGCAGAGGCAAACCUCUCCACAGUCUCCCCAGAUCCACAGGACUUAGAGCCGCUGACCCCAAACCACAUUCUCCUUUUAAAAACUCAACCCAUCAUUCCCCCGGGCACCUUCGAGAAAAAGGAUCUCUACGUCAGGCGCCGCUGGAAUCAGGAAAGACUGAAAUGGACCCAAGUGAGGAACAAGCUGCAGCCAGAAGAUGUGGUCCUGGUGGUCGACCUCACAGCCCCAAGGGGCUCCUGGCCAUUGGGCAGAGUACUGGAGACUCGGCCAGAUGGAGGAGGCCUGGUCCGGUCAGUCAAGCUCCAAACAAAGACUUCAGUCAUCGAAAGGCCUAUCACCAAGCUGUGCCGCAUCCUGGAGGCUGAUGGCUGACUGGUCAGUCAUGGAGACCAGACCACGAGAGAGCCAAAGGGACGUAAUGUAUAUACUUUAUUUUCUCUCAAGACUUUGCCUUUUGUUUGUUUAUUAUGGAAUAGGCUCCUUUUUUUGCAUUAAAUUAAUGAAUGUGAUUGAGUCUGUAAAGAUCAAUCAGGGGCCGGUGUGUAGGAGCCAAAUAGAGGGCCAUACUUGAAUUUAUGUUUAUUUUAUUGUUUUUGAGUGAUUCAUGCGUGUAUGUCAGUGUGCACCCUUUACAGGUGGUGAAAAGUUCCCACGCAGGCCUAUAAGGGGCAGGAGCGCGCUGGGCGCGUGAUUGGCAGUCGGGCACCAGCAUACCGUCUUUGACCUCACCUGUCUGUAGACCUCACCUGUCUGUAGACCUCAGCUUUAUAUAAGCUACCAUUUAUUUUGUUUCCCGAGUAUUCUGUUCCUUAAUUAUUGUAAAUAAAACAAUCUUCAAGAUCGCUGCUGGAUCAGCUUGAAUUAGUGGAGGGAAAGCGGGAAAAGGAAGAAUACGUGACAAGGAAGGCUGUGUAAAAGGUGUGAGUCAGACAAGAUGCCCGCGCCCCAAGUGGAACAGACAUUUGAAACAAAGGGGUUAUAGGAACAAUCACUUUCAGUGUUUUAUGCCACUACAGUAUGUAUAAUACACACACACACACACACACACACACACACACACACACACACAC